UCACUGGGCCGACACGAUGAGCCUGGCAUAGCAAAAUCGGCCAGGCCCAUAUAUAUCACGCGCUUUUUUUUGUUAAUAAAAGUUUCAGAAAGAACCGAUCUCAGCGGCGGCCGGCGGCGGCGGCGGCGAUGGGCAAGGCGAAGGGAAAGCAGCGGCAGGACGAGUACUACCACCUCGCCAAGGAGCAGGGCUACCGGAGCCGCGCGGCCUUCAAGCUGCAGCAGCUCGACGACCGCUUCCGGUUCCUCCCGCCGGCGCGCGCCGUGCUCGACCUCUGCGCGGCGCCGGGCGGAUGGAUCCAGGUGGCCGUCGCCCGCGCCCCCGCCGGCGCCUUCGUCGUCGGCGUCGACCUCGUGCCCAUCCGCCCCGUCCGCGGCGCGCACUCUCUCACGGAGGACAUCACCACCACCAAGUGCCGCUCCGCCGCGCGGAGGCUCAUGGACUCCAAGGGGGUCGCCGCCUUUGACGUCGUCCUCCACGACGGCUCGCCCAACGUCGGCGGCGCGUGGGCGCAGGAGGCCACCGCGCAGUCCGCGCUCGUCAUCGACGCCGUCCGCCUGGCCACCGCGUUCCUCGCGCCCAAGGGCGCCUUCGUCACCAAGGUCUUCAGGUCUCAGGAUUACAGCGCCAUCAUGUUCUGCCUGAAGCAGCUGUUUGAUAAGGUCGAGGUGACUAAACCUAGAGCGAGUCGUGGCACAUCGGCUGAAAUUUACAUCAUCUGUCUGAAGUACAAAGCCCCCGCAAAGAUUCAACCAGAGCUUCUUGAUAUCAAGCACCUGUUCAGUGUGGAUCCAGAGAAGAGCAUGCCUACGGAUGUACUUGAUCCUAAAAGUGCAAAGAAGAGAACUCGUGGCGGGUAUGCGCCUGGAGUCACGGUACUGGAGAAAGUUGGUCUGGCAUCAGAUUUUAUAUGGUCCGAAGUGCAGAAACCACGGGAUUUUCUGGGUUCUUUUACUAAGAUUUCAUUUGAUGAUCCUGCAUCUGUGCCUAUCAAGGACCAUGAGCUCACCACAGAUGAGGUCAAAUACCUUUGUGAGGAUUUGCAGGUGCUGGAUAAAAAUAGCUUCAAGCAUAUCUUGAAGUGGCGCACACGCAUAAGGAAAGCGUUGCCAUCAUCUUCGCUGGUUACACCAAAGGUCAAAGAUGAUGUUCAGCUUUUACAAGAAAUGGAAGAAAUGGAUUCUGAUGAAGAACACCAACUGGAGGAGAUGCUUGAUGAAGCUUAUGUGUGUUAUGUGACCAAAAAGGGUGAAGAAGUAAAACAAGAACACAAACGAGCCAAGCGAAUCGAUCCUGAUGCUGAUGCAGGUUUGUUAGAGGGACGUGAAGAUGAUGGUGGCAACGAUCAAGGUUCUGACAAAGAUCAAGGCCAAGAGACCAACCCCCUUUUAUUAUGUCUAGAUACAGAGAAGCCAACAGAAGAGCAAGAUUGUAAAGCAGUGGUUCAGUCAGGAUGUGUUCACAGAAGCAGGAAGAAGGGAAGGGGUGGCAAAGGAGGCGCCAAGGGAGGGAAAGGGAAGAUGGGUGCCGCCGGCCAGAACAAAGGGGGCAUGUGAGGGAAAGCUGGGAAGAAUGCCGGCGGCAGAGCCCUGCACUGAGUCGAGUUAGUUUAGCAAGGCAUGGAUGAGUAACUAGGUAUUAUGUGAGAUUAGAUCAUUUAUGUGCAUUUUCGUACUUUUCUUUGAUGAUGAAAGCAGAUGAUGAGUCUGAUGUAAUCCAUUCUACCAAACCACUUGGACAAUUGUGGCAUUUGCCUGAGAGAAUAUUUGCUCCGUCUGUUCC